AUGGAUGGUAAUAUCUCACUAGAGCAGCCGGUUAAUGCAAGAGUUGCACGUCGGAACCGGACUAGACUUGCCUGCGCACCAUGCAAGAUUCGCAAACGAAAAUGCGAUGGAGGAAAUCCGUGUGCUGCCUGCACUCGAUAUGACUAUCAGUGUUAUUAUGAUAAACCAGCUCGGCCUAGAAAAGCAGUAGCAGCAUUAUUGCGGCAACAUCAGAAUCGAUAUCACCAGGCUAGUGACCAAGGUAACCAGGGCACGUCGCCUCAAGAAUUGCUGUCGCGGUCUCCUCGUAACAAUGGGAUUAAUGCCAACAAUCAUAAUGAGGAUAAUAAUCAUGGCAAUGAUAAUCCGACUCCCUCAGCUUCUAGCGAGCGGUACAUGGAAGCCAACUCGGGUGUCCUCUUUCCGCGUACUCUCGGCCUGAAGUUCAACUCCAGAAACAACACACAAAGGGGAGAGUGCCCAGGAUGGAAUUUGGGCAUCCGCCAUAACCCCCGGCGCUCGGAGAAGAGUAUCAACUGGAUUCUAGCCCAUAGUGCCUGGAAGGAGCUAUGCAAUGUAUACGCAAAACAAGUCCAUCCGAUCUACGGUUUUCUAGAUCUACAGUCGUUGUAUGCGACUGCCCAGCGACGAUGGGAAGACCCCCAUGUAACCAAUGAAUACGAUAGUGUGUUAUGUGGUGUUGCGGCAUUGGGCUCCUUAUUUUCACCUCAAGCAAAUUGGGAGCUGGAGCGCCAUCUUGUAGAAUGCGCCAAAGAGAUCCUUGAAACCUCCGGUACCAUCGCCAAUCCGUCCCUUCAAGACGCGACAGGUUGGCUUCUGCGUACAUUGUACUUGCGGUGUAGUAGUUCACCCCACGCCGCAUGGAUGACAAGCUGCAUUUCGCUUCAUAUUGCUGAAGCAAUGGGCUUACAUCAGGAAUCUGCGACUGGUACCGUGUCAUUGGUUUACGCUGACACCGCAACUCCCCCAUCAGCUGGACUAGGGCAGAAGGAGACUGAGACAAAGAGACGGAUCUUUUGGAUUGCAAAACUCUUGAAUACAUGGAUCUCUUUCGAAUAUGGAAGAUCAAGAAUCAUUCUUCAAGGGGAGUCCAGCCCUGUCCCUAAAUCGGAUGACCAGGAGGACGACUAUACUUCUUCCCUGAUCUCUUUGUUCCAAAUUUCAGAAAAUCUGGAUCCAAAUAAAGACAUACCAGUUACAAUUCUGGAAAGCAACCUGGAACAAUUGGAAAACUAUGAUUUCAAAAUUGAUGCGUUGACUCUUUCUCAAAGCGUCUUAGCAUUUACAAUCUACCGACGAAUUCAGCUUCUUGGUUUGAGUGUCAAUAAAACAGUAAUUGAGCGCGUGAUAAACCUUGGACGUCGAGGCCUGGAGGCCACUCGCCGAUGUAUUGAUACCAAUCGUCCCUGGUGGCAUGUAAACAACGUGCCCUUUCAAUUUACUUGUAUUCUGUUGGCGAUCGACAGCCCAGAAUCCCUAGUCCACGUUCGCGAUUCAAUUACAGUUUUGAAAAAGGCUGCUGUUCAUUUUGGAACUCUAAAGUCUCGCCAAGCAUUUGAGACAAUUGACUUAUUAGUCCAACAAUCUUUAAAUCGAAAGGAACAGGACGCUAAUGUUCUGAGAAGAUCUCUUCUUGAAAGCGAAACUUUUGAGCCGGAACAAUCGCAGCAGCAGAUCGUUGUACAGCAGCCAGGAACUGCUACAGAUAAUAAUAAUAACAAUGGGACGUCAAAUUGGCAAAAUGGUGGUAAUAACGGUUUUGUUAAUCUAUCUGAUUUAGCAAACCCGGUGGACUGGGAGAUCUUUGUACGGGAUCUGGAUUUUUCAGCAGCAUUCUUUUAGGCCAUAACUAUUCUAUAGUACGAUAUCGGCCAAACUAGGUAGUAAAUAUUUGUUUUCCAUACUUUAAACAAUGAGUGGUUCGGCAAAGCACUAUGUACAUUUUAAUUAUAUCCAGUGGAAACUCUUAUGAAUUCAACAUGGUCUGUUUUAGGCUUAUCGUAUGGGUUUUCCACAGCUUUCGUCCUGCCAAUCCUGAGCUUGGGCAGCAACUUGUUUGCUUUGUUGGAGUUCAUGCCAUGGAUUUUGUGAUAUUGCCCUGAUGCAAGAAAAUUUUUGGGAAGAUAUCAUCAGUAAAUGAUAUUCUUCUUCUAAAAGAUGUCUCCCGCCCACUUACAAGAGCAAUC